CAAUAUUCGAACGAGUUAAAAGCAUUAUUUGACGGUGUUAGAGCAACAGGAAGAUUUUCAUGGGGACCAUCAAAAGAAGGGUUUCCUACUGAUGGCACUCAAUCACAAUCACAAACGUACAUUAAUCUUGACAUUGGAUCUCUUGAGACACCUUCUUCGCCAAAUGGUGACGCGGAAAAACAUGGCAAUAAACGGCAAAAGAAAAACAAGUCCGAUGAUCUUGAUAAACAACUGCUUGAAGCUCUUCACACUUUACAAAGUUCUGAUGGGCCAACACUAGAAGAAUGCAAUCGUACUCUGGAUGAGAUGCAACUUUUUGACAUGAGCGACCCAUUAUAUAUAGUUGCAUGUAGCAUUUUUUGCGAGAGCAAGGCACACAGGGAGCAAUGGAUGCUAUUACAUCAAAAACCAGAAGUAGUUAGAAAAAGCUGGAUAGAGUUGAAUGGCAAGAAGUUAGGAUUACUUUGAAUUAUAGUGAAUAGGCAGUUGAUUUUGAAGUUGAGACAUUGCUUGAGCUUGAGCUUGUUUUUUUUUUCUUUUUCUUUUUGAUUACGUUUAGGAAUGGGUUUGUUUGGAAAUUGGAAUUGUUUUUGUUAUAAAGUUUAAUUUUUAUACCUUGGUAUUUUCUGGUUGACAUGUCAUGAUAUUUAUCUCAUUUUUAUCUAAUUAAAUACUUGCAAUGUUUGGCGCAGCAUGUUGUCUGAUAAGCAAAAGAGCGCAUUAAAGAUUAUCGCACUUAUUUUGAUCAUCAAAAUAUUGAGGAAAAAACGUAUUGGAAGAAGACUUGAUACUGACUCUAUGCUUACCGGACCUGGAUAUAUGAAAGAACUUGUAACAGGAAACCCCGCACAUUGUCAGGAAAUGUUACGGAUGAAAAUAGAAGCAUUCGUAAGCAUGUGUCAUCACUUUCGUAUUAGAGGAUGGCUUCAAAAUAGUCGUUACAUAUCUGUAGAAGAAAAGGUCGCAAUGUUUCUCAUAGCAUUGAGUCACAAUUUACGGAAUCGUUUUGUCAAAAGAAGAUUCAAUCAUUCAACACAAACAAUACAUAGGUACUUUUAUGAAGUAUUGCAUGCGAUGCUGAACUUCUCAAAAGAGAUGAUUGUUAACACACCUUAUGAUCAGCCGGCACAUCAAAUACGAGAGAACCGUCGUAUUAGACACAUAUUUCAGGGUGCGAUAGGUGCGCUUGACGGAACUCUUAUUUCAGCAGUUGUGCCACGUGAUCAACAAAUUCCAUACAGAGGACGAGGAAGGGGAGAAUGUUACCAAAAUGUGCUUGCUAUAUGUGACUUUGAUAUGUUGUUUACGUUUGUGUGGGCUGGUUGGGAAGGGGUAGCACAUGACUCACGGGUGCUAAGAGAAACUAUGAGUGAUCCAGCUAACAACUUUCCAAUUCUUCCUCCAGGAAAAUACUUUUUAUGUGAUGCAGCAUAUACUCAUACUCGUAGAUUUAUGGCACCAUACCGGAAUGUGCGGUAUUGGUUAGCUGAUUUCCAAAAUGGUCAACGUCCUAGGAAUAAAGAAGAGCGAUUCAACCUCGCACAUGCGAGGUUACGGAAUGUGAUUGAGCGUGCUUUUGGAGUUCUGAAGUCUCGUUUUCCAAUACUAAAAAGGAUGUCAUCAUAUCCUUUCGCGGUACAAAGAAAUAUGGUGAUUGCUUGCAUAACCAUGCACAAUUUUAUUCGGAGGACUUGCAUUUCAGAUCAAUUUCUUGACGAAUUCAACGAUCCAAAUGCUUCUUACGACAAUGCUCAACAUCAUGUGGAUAAUUUCGAAGCAGGUGGAGGAUCGACCCAAGCUGAUCAAAUUUUUAUGCUCACCUUACGAGAGCAAAUUGCAACGCAUUUGAAUGCUAUAAACUACUCUUGA